UCUACCAAGCUGUGAUGUAAAACACGUCACCCACAGUCCCUGCCGUUGACGUGAGAGAGUCUUCUCAUUUCCCCUGUCAAAUUUCCCAAUAUAAUGCCUCUCCAUUCCCUCCCUCUCUUUCUCCACAUGACAAGACAAAUCUUCUAAUUCCAAUCUUUCAAAUUUGUCACACUCGAUCACAUCGUCCAUCAAUCAAUCCUCAUGCAGGAAGCAAUCCCAUUUAGAGCCUACUCCCCGGCCACCACUGCCGGCAACCGGAGACUCCCGGGACGUGACUCCUGUGAUCAUGGUGGCGCUAAUAGUACUAGUGCUGGACAUGUGCUAAUAGUGACCAAUGGUCAAGAAAGUCAUGUCCAAAAAUUAGUGUCAGAGAAUUCAAUCGCUAUAUUUGGCAAGCGCGGAUGUUGCAUGUGUCAUGUUGUGAAGAAGUUGUUACUAGGGCUAGGUGUCAACCCACCGGUCUUCGAGGUGGAAGAGAAGGAGGAAGAUUAUGUGAUCAAGGCGUUAUCAAUGAUUAAAGGAGGGAAGGAUGCUGAUCAAGUGCAGUUUCCUGUGGUUUUUGUUGGAGGAAAAUUGUUUGGUGGGCUGGAAAGAAUCAUUGCUUCUCAUAUUACUGGUGAGCUGGUGCCUAUCUUGAAAGAUGCCGGAGCUUUGUGGCUAUGACUAUAAUCUCUUCUCUUUCCUUUACUGUCUCUGAUCAUUUGAGGUGGGAAUACAGGGCACCUUGUUGUCCUCUCUGUCUCUCUGGGUCUCUUGUUCAAUUUGUGUGUUGAUGGAGAUUAUGUCGAGGCUAUAGCAAAAGGAAGACCUUGUCAGAUGUAAUUAAAUCAUAAUUUUACUUCUGAUGUUGAUGUAGAUUAACCAUGUAACAUUUCUUUGGAAUAUCAUGAUUAUAUGAAAGACUUGUAUCUCUGAUCAUGGUAUAAAA